AUGAUGCUUCUCAAGUUCUGGGCUGCUCUCCUUCCCUGCCUCUGCCUUGUUGCCGCAGGCCUAGUCGUCAAGCGUAGUGUGUUGAGCGACCUAACGACAAUAACUAGUGACGUUCAGACCCUCGAUAAGGACGUCAACGGCUGGGAUGGAACCCUGAUUACGGCCCUCUCUCUUCUCUCUGACGUGAACACCCUCGAGUCUGACCUGAAGACUGCCAUAAGUGACACCGAGGCCGCGUCCGACUUCUCUACAAGCGAUAGCACCGCUGCGACGAAUGAUAUUACGUCCUUGAGUCCAAUCAUUACCACCACCCUCAACGAUCUUGUCAGCAAGAAAUCCGAGAUUGCGAAUAUUGGUGAGACAAGCACUGUCCAAUCCAGCCUUAAAACGCUGCAAGGUCUCUCAGAUCAGCUCACUACUGCGCUUGAGGCAAAGGUUGCUUCGGAUGAUGCGACUACCAUCCAGUUUGCUGCAUCGGCGAUUAACUCGGCCUUUGCCAGUGCGAUCUCUGCUUUCUAA